ACAAAUGAGGAUUCUCUUCCCGAAGAGUGAUUGCUAGUAACACACCUAGUAGGCAAGUUGGAUAAUAAAAAAAAGCGGAGUCAGUCGGCAUCGGAAAAACGUAAAGUAAAAAUCAUUUAAAACAUUCUGAUAGGAAUAACGUUAUGUUAGAAAUCAAAUUAGACGCUUUUGGAUUAUAAUUUUUAGAUAUAAAUAUAGUGUUUUAUUUUCUUAUUUUGCAUCGUUUUAAUUGAAGAAUAGAAACAAAAAAAAAAUAAAACAGAAACUUUGUGGUAAAUAGCAAUUAAAUUCUUAAUUUCAUUUAAUUAGACGCCUUUUAAUAUUUGAAAAAAAAAGUAAUAAAAAAAAAACAAAAAAUAGUAGGCUUUAGAAUUGAAAUAGUUCGAAAUGAAAUUUUUAAAAUGGGUUGUGCGCCUACUAAACAUGUGAAUAUACCGAAUGGGAGAAAUAUUAGAAUAAAUAGUAAGUUAAAUGAUGUCGUCAACGUACCUUAAUUAGAGAAUUAAAGAUAUAAAUUCAAUGUUUUAAUAAAAAUCCAUAAACUUCGAUGUUGUAACUUAUCAAGAGAUGUAGAAUAUAUAUGACACUAAAAAAUAAUUCUAAAUGCUCCCUCUAUAUCUCUCUAUUCUGUCUAUAUAUAUAUUUAUUUUACAUCCUUAAAGAUAAAGCGAACGAAAAAAACAAGGCCAUAACCAAGUCAAUACCUUUCGUGUACAAACUUGUUUUAAAUCUAUAUAAAAUGUUUAUUGCCUUUUUCUUUCCCUAUCAGUAAUUGAACCAACAAGUAUAGCAGAUUUUAGUGAAACGCAAACUAAAACGCCUUCGUCAUCUAGAAGCAUUUCAAAAACAACAAUAAAAGAAACGGUUAGCGAAGAAACUGAUAAACCUUUGGAAGAGAAAAAUUGGCCAAGAACUUUAGCUUAUUAAUAAUUAAUAAAUAUGAAUGAAUCUCUAGACGUUCUUAUAAGCCAUUCUAAAGAGGAUAUAAAACACGCCGAAUAUAUUGCAGAUGGACUCAACAAAUCAGGUAUUGUGGCUUAUCAUUCUGCUAUAGACUCGGCGACUGUAAAAUCUGGACUACAAAAAAAUGAUGCUAUUGUUAAGGCUAAGGUAUUCCUUCUCAUACUCAGCCCGUAUUCGACUAAAGAUGAGAGAUUGAAAGACGAAGUUGCUUUGGCCUACAUUUCGAAUAAACCCGUUUUUCCAAUUGCUCUUAAACAUUACAGUGCAUUAGCUGGUGAUAUGGAUAGUGCUCUGAAAUUGAUGUUAGCAAAAAUAAAUUGGACAUUCUUAACAAACAAAACUUCUCCGCAAGACACUAUUGACGAGUUAAUAAGUCAAAUCAAAUACCAGUUAAAGAAUAUAUCUGAGAGUCCUUCUACCCAAGCGACUGUUGAUAAAUUCGACGCUUUUCAAGGUUUAAACAAGAAUAGAGAGAAUAGAGAGGAAGACGACGAGAAAGCUAACAACAUUCGUUCUGACUUUUGGCAAAUUAAUUUUCAGGAUAAGAACGAAAUUCAAUGGCAAGAGUUUCGUGAUGCUUUCAUAAAAGAGUACGAAGAGAAGAUAUGCAAAAACUUUGGUUUUGACAGAGUCAACUGGUUUUGUGAACUCCUUUUUGACGAUGUUUUUGAAAAGUCACUGUUAAUAGAGAAAGCUGCCUAUCAGAAAUUUAUAGGAGACAAAGAGUUUGUUAGCAAAGACACUUUUUAUCAAAGACUUCGAGAUUACGGAAUAGGCAUGUUGGCUAUGAAAGAGGUUUUUGACAUGAAAAGUUCUGUAAGAAUAACUGCUGUACAGAAACUAGGUUCUUUCCAAACGAUUUCUGUAAGAUCGGCUCUUCUUGAUCUUACGUAUGAUAAUGAUCCCAACAUAAGGGCGGUUUCCGCUUUGGGCCUCGCCAAGACUGGAAGAAAGGACGACUGGAUUAUACGGAGGUUAACAAGUAUGUUGAACGACAACGAUAGAGUUGUUAGGGAGAGUGCGUGUCUAAGCUUGGGUCAUAUGAAAUGUACAAAAGCAGUAAGCAAUAUUAUUGAUGUAUGGCGUAAUGACCCAAUUAAACAUGUUCGAGAAGCUGCUCAAGUUGCAUUAUCCAGAAUGGGAGGCGAAGAGGCUAAUAAGGCAAUGAAAAUGGUUGAAGUCUUAUCAAAUGAAAUGAAAAAUUGA